AUGCAAGAGAAUGAUAAUACACCAAUAAGAAAUCAAGAUGUAAACUUUAGCAUGAUACAGACAAUACCCAGCAUUGCUGUCGAUGAUGCAAUAGCAGAAGGCAAUGCUUCAUUAGAUACGAGAGGAGGAUGGAGUUGCAGGCAUUGCACAUAUUCGAAUUCAUAUACU